CCGAGGUGGGGUGCUAUAGCUGGCUUGGUUGCAGGCGGGUGGGAGCAGGAUGGGCGGAGUUUUUCGAUCCAAAAAUUUCCCGCUCCUUCUCCCCCACCCAAGUGCAGUUGACAGUGUGCAGGCGGGAAGCGGCCGGGGUAUAGCAUAAAACACUCCUGGAUGUCCGGGGAGCGCGGGCCCACCGGCUGCUGGCCAGAGGUACUAGAAGGGCGCGGGCGGGAGCCUGGCGAGGACUUACCUUCCCCUGCCUUGCAAAGGAAAUCAUGAAGUUGAAUUUUCUCAUCUGUAAUUGGAAAGAUUGGACAAAGUGACCUCCUUCGCUGGAUAUUCCGAGAUCUAACUCAGAAUGUACAAACCCCUAGAAGGAACCUGAAUGUCAACUUUGGACUUGGGUCAAUGUAAGUUCAUCAGCUGCACUGCAUGGACCACUCUGCAGGAUAUGGACAGGCCAGUGGCCUGGGAACCUCAGGGCGCAGAUGGUCUGCGGCGCUUCCAGGGGCUGCUGCUGGACCGCCGUGGCCGGCUGCACGGCCAGAUGCUGCGCCUGCGCGAGGUGGCCCGGCGGUUGGAGCGGCUCCGCCGGCGCUCCCUGGCGGCCAACCUGGCGGGCAGCUCGCUGAGCGCAGUGGGCGCGGUCGCUGCCAUCGUGGGGCUGUCGCUCAGCCCGGUCACCCUGGGGGCCUCGCUGGUGGCUUCGGCUGUGGGGUUAGGGGUGGCCACCGCCGGAGGAGCUGUCACCAUCACGUCCGACCUGUCCCUGAUCUUCUGCACCUCGCGGGAUGUGCGGAGGGUGCAGGAGAUCGCCGCCACCUGCCAGGACCAGAUGCGCGAGAUCCUGAGCUGCUUGGAGUUCUUUUGCCAGUGGCAGGGCCGCGGGGACAGCCAGCUGCUGCAGAGCGGGAGGAACGCCUCCAUGGCCCUCUACAAUUCCGUCUACUUCAUCGUCUUCUUCGGCUCGCGUGGCUUCCUCAUCCCCAGGCGAGCCGAGGGCGCCACCAAAGUUAGCCAGGCCGUGCUGAAGGCUAAGAUCCAGAAGCUGUCCGAGAGCCUGGAGGCCUGCACCGGGGCCCUGGAUGAACUCAGUGAGCAGCUGGAGUCCCGGGUCCAGCUUUGCACCAAGGCUGGCCGGGGCCACAACCUCAGGAUCUCCUCUGACCAGGACUCAGCGUUGUAUUUCUGAGAACAUCGUCCCCCUCCCCACCCCCAUCCCCUGUGACCACUGCCAGAAACUGUCCCAUGGGAUAUUCCAGAUUAUUAGUGCCCACAGGGAAGCACCAAGUUGAAUUGGGUGCAAAGGAUGAGAGAAACUUUUUGCAAGGCGUCGGCCCUCAACCCUUCCUUGCCCAUCACUGUGUCAUCCUACUUGGGCUUGAAUGGUAGAGGCUUUUCACUGCGUGAUCCUAGUGACCCUGCAAACCCUUUUGCCUUUGUCAAAAGUGUGGCUUCACACAGCUGGGUGGACACUCUUGUUUUAGAGUUGUUUUGCCUCCCCCCACACCUUGAUGGUUUUGAACUGAGGCCUGAAUCUUAGUCAGCCUCUGGGACCUCUCCAAGUCCCACUAGGCUUUUUGGUUCUCAAAAUGCUGGUGAGGGGAGACUUUUGCCUUAAAACAUUGUUUCCAGAGUGUCUGAUACACAACACUGAGAAUCUAGAACAAGGCAGACCCCCCCGGGGGGUGUUUUUACAGGAGGGUUCCAGACCUAGGCAGGGCCCUGGAACUGACAUGCCCAGCUCCUUCUUCCCUUCCCUGUCAGCUUACCUACUCAGAGGUCCAGUUCAGUUAUGGCAUGGACUUUUCCAGGGUGGCUUCUAAUCCAGAUCUCCAUGUGUCUUGAGAGGGAAAGUCCCCCAAAUAGUCACCUGAAUUCUGACACACUCCCUCCACAUGAAGAACCCAAAGCUAAGAAAGAUGAAGUGCCUAACAAUUUCCGUGACCGACAUUGUAGUGUAGGAAACAGAGCAAAGUGUUUGGAGUUAAACUGUUCUGGGUCUAUUACAGGCUUUGCCGCUACUGUGUGCCUGGCCAUCUUGAGCUGAGACUUGGCUUCUUGUUUCGUGAAACAUAGAUGGUAAGAACACACCGUAUUGUGAAGCGUUGAGUCAAAAAUGCCUAGCACAGUCUGGCUCACAAAGUGUGGUUUCUGGCCUGCCUAUUACUGUCACCUGGGGACUUGUUAAGAAGGCAAAUUCUUGGACUUAGCCCCAGAUUUAAGAAGUCAGAAACUCUGGAUACCAAGCCCAACAACUUGGGUUUAAGCACACUCCUCUGGGUGACUCUGAUACCCAGUAAGAUUUGAAAACUGUGGCAAAAAAAAAAAAAAAAAUUCAAGUCAGGUAUGGUGGUACAAAGCCUGCAAUCCAAGCACUUGGAGAUGGAGGCAGAAGGACCCGGAAUUCAGGGUUGUCCUCUGUGAGUUCAAGACCACCCUGGGCUGCAUGAGGUCCUAGUCUAACACCCUCCCUUCAAAAAGGUUAAUUUCUGAUUCUCCCAAUAAACCUACUCCAAGUCUCUCUAGGGGAUUUGUGAUCUAGAGGCUCUGAGACUCAUUCACAUAAGGUCAAGGACAAACUGGCCCAGAAAGGAAAGAAUGUGUUGUGUGCAACUAGGCUGAGCAACCUGGGAUGGUUUCUCACACGAACUAGGGGGUAGAACACAAUAUGCCCUCUAGGGGGCAGUGUUGUCCACUCCUUGUAGCAACUGGUACCGAAAGGAAUGUGAACUUACCAGAAAACCCAUCUUUCUCUAUUUGCUGAAAACUCCAGACUGCAUAUUUUAUUUAUUUUAAACUUGUUAUUUAAUUACUGCCUGUUAUUUACAUUUAAUUUUAUUUAAUCAUAUUUAGAAAAUAAUAAGCAAGUUUCUGAAUAGGAGUCUCUUAAGGCUCUUUUCAAGAGACAGGUUAAGUUUGGCUUUCCAAAAUCUUUCUCCUUCAGAGGGGAUUCUUGUUUUAAAUGAUCCUUUUAUGUAAGUGUGGUGGAGUUGUGAAUAGAGAGAUUAAGCUGAAUUGUUUUAAACUAGUAAAUGGAGGCUUGAAUUGUGGAAUAUAAAAAUAAUUAAGCCUGUGUGUCCUGAAGGUACUUUGCCAGAAGAAAAUACUUGAACUGGAAAGCAAACCUAUUUAAUUCAGGAAAAAAAAAUAGAGGCACAUGAAGGAAGGAAUUCGACCUGGGGGAACUGAGGUCCCGUGAACUUCUGUCUUAUGGAUUUGUGUUAUGGUGGAAUAUGUUGCAUUUUGACUUUGAGGGCUGUAAGAAACAUAUUACUAAGUUUAAGAAAAUAUUUCUAAUUUAUUCAAUGUCUUCCCACAAUCUAAUGCUAAAAAAUAAGUUGGAAAGUCUUUGGGACCACACGCAAAUGAUCUUGACUGUAUUUUUAAAUUAUUGAAUACCUUCAUGCCAACUCUGCGCUUCCCAGUGAUGACUGCGUGUCCAAGGACAUAUAAUUUUGGCAUGAGGGGGGAGGAGCUGGCAUUUCUAUAUUUAUUCUUUUUUCCCAUAAAUUGCAAUUGGACUGUA